UAAAAUUAUUAUUUUUUGCAUAAUUGGUGGAUAUAAAAAAGUAAUUCAAGAAAUACAGAAAAGAUCUUGAUAUUGUCAGAGCUGAUAUUAUUAACUUUCUUUCUAUCAUAGUCCAUAAGGUUGGUAUUACUUGAGCGCCUCAAUAUCGAGAAAAUUUCAAAUCCAAGUGACUAACGGAAGAACAUACUUGAUUAAAUUUGUGUAAAUUUUUUAAGAAACAGUAGUACAAUGACUGAAUUUAAGACACCGACAACGAAGAGGUAUAAAAGUAGGGUACAAAAUAAUCCAGAAUUGCAAACGCCUAUUAAAAUACCAGCUUCACCGUUUUUAGAGCAAAUAGGUUAUGGAUGCGGUGUUAACGUAUUUAGCCUGGAACGAUCUCCAAAAGUUGGUUUUAUCCGAUCUCCAUGGGCGAUAAAAAAACGUAAUUGCAAAAUUAAGGAAAAUAAAAAAUAUAAUGAACGCAUUCGAUUCGAAGCAGAAGUACUUCGUAAAUUAAAUCAUCCAAACAUUGUUGGUUUUCGAGCUUUUACGGAACUUUCAAAUGGCGAGCCAUGCUUGGCAAUGGAAAAAUUAGACGCUUCUUUAGGUGAUAAGAUAGAAGAAAGACUCGAAACUGGCGAUGAUCCAUUUCCUGCUAAAGACAUUUUAAAAAUAACAUAUGAAAUUGUAAAAGGAUUAGAAUAUUUGCAUCAUACUGCCCAUAUUUUACAUGGUGAUAUAAAAAGUUAUAAUGUGUUAGUUUCUGCAGAUUAUAAAACUGUUAAGCUAUGUGAUUUUGGCGUGUCUUUGCCACUUACAAAUAGUUUAGAAAUGUGUACUUCAAAUGAAAACUUUACAUAUGUGGGAACAGAUUGUUGGAGUGCACCUGAAAUAAUAUUUGAGGAUGGUCCUGUUACAAAUAAAGCAGAUAUUUGGGCAUGUGGUCUUGUAGUUUGGGAGAUGAUAGCCUUAUCAUCACCUCAUGUAGAAUCCUCAGAAAUGGAUGAAUCCUGCUUAGAUGACUCAAUGGUAGAAAUGCAUAUGAAUAGCAAUACAAAAACAAAUGAACAUGAUAUAGAUAUAGAUGAUGAUAAUAGUUUUCUUAAUGAAACAUGCAAUAAAAACUAUGGUACUCGUCCUGCAUUACCUGCUAUUAAUCUAGCAAAAGAAUAUGAGAGAGUACUUGAAGUAUUUUUUGCAUGCACUACUGCAGACUAUAAAGUGAGGCCUAGUGCAAAAGGUCUUGUUAAUUAUUUUAAAAAUUAUGUAUAUAAAUAAUAUAUAGGUAUAUACAUUACUGCUUUUAA